AGAUUCCUCGAGCUGAGAGUUAAGGGACCCAGCACCCGAGCACUGACCAGUGCGUGACUUGACUAUCGCAUCCGCGUGAGCCCAGAGCCUGACAAAGGCACGCGCAGUUCAGUUUCCCUCUUGCCGUUGCCAGCGUUGCAGUCGGCUCUAGGGCUGAAUUAUAACUGCUGCGGGCUCACAGGUUUCUUAAACCUCUGGCCUCCGGUUAUUGACAUUUCCCUCUUUUAUUCCCCCUUAAUUUCCCCUUUAUUCCCCCCUUUAAUUCUCAUUUUAAUCCCCCCUUCAAUUUUCCCUUGAAUUUCCCCUUGAAUUCCCAUUUUAAUCCCCCCUUCAAUUUCCCCUUGAAUUUCCCCUUUAAUUCCCAUUUUAAUCUCUGCUUCAAUUGCCCUUUUAAUUCUCCGCCUCGGAACAAGCUGAGGGGACGGGAGAGAAUUCCCCCGUGAGUUCUCCUUCCCAGCCCUAAAGCCUGCUUCCAGGAUGAAGAAGAUUUUUGAUUUCGGCAAGAAAAAGCAAGUUCCACCUUUCCCCGACCUGAUGCUGCCGGAUUACUUUGGAGUCCAAAAAUCCUUCUACGUCCCAGGAUACGUGAUCCAGAGCAAGGACCUUGGCGAGAUCCACCACGCUGCAUUGUUAGGGGAUGUGGACAAAGUGCAGCAUCUGCUGCUGAUCAAAAAAAACGGUGUAAACGAUGUAGAUAGAAAGAAGCGAACAUGUCUUCAUCUGGCCUGUUGUAAUGGACAUCCAGCUGUUGUGUCUCUCUUAAUAGAGAGAAAAUGUGACCUGAAUUUGUUGGACAGAGACGGUCGAACACCUUUCAUGAAGGCAAUACAGUGUGAAGAGGAGGAUUGUGCAACUAUCUUGCUUCAACAUGGUGCAGACCCUAAUAUUGGGGAUGGCAGCAACAAUGCUCUUCACUAUGUUUCCUUUUUUCUGGGAAUAGGCCUAGCAGCAAAACUGCUUCACUAUAAAGCUGAUAUUGAAGCAAAAAACAAGGAAGGCCUUACACCACUUUUUUUUGCAGUUAGAAGACAGAACUGUAAUAUGGCAGAAUUUCUCCUAAAGAAUGGAGCAAAUGUUAAUGCCUUAGAUGGCUCUAAAAGAACAACUCUUAUGAUUGCUGCCAGUAUGCGAUCCACAGAAAUGGUCAGUCUUCUUCUUAAAUAUAAUGCUGAUCACACUAUCAAAGAUCCACUGGGAUACACAGCUGAGGAGUAUGCUAAGAUCAAUAAUUAUCCUCUGGUGAAUCUGGCUUUCAUAGUUGCGUAUUAUAAUGAUUGUCUGGAAAACACCCUGGUGAACGCCAGUCAUCUUGAGAACUGCCACAUGCUUCAGGAAAAUGGGCAACCUCUAGCAGACAGACCUCUACCUGUUUCAUACUUAAGGAUACAUAAAAACUUCUUGCAUAUGAUUUUUAUCUUGAUUGAUGUAGACCUAUUAUGUUUUGUUUUCUAUUUUAGAGAUGUUUAUGUCAAACAGAUUGAAAAACAUAUGGAGCGUAAUAAACCCUGUACACCCCAAAUCAGCUGUUCAGAGAAAGCUACUGUUGUUCCUGAAUUUGUUUCGAGAACAUCUUCUUUGGACAAAAAAGGUAGAACUAACCAAUUCAAAUGA